AUGGCGUCUCCUCUGGCCUGCAUGGGUCGCGAUGGCUAUGCUCGCUGCCAGGUCCUGCUGCUGCUCCUGGCGCUGGCGGUGGUGGUGCUUUUGCCGCCGUCGUCUGCAGUCCAUGGAUCAGGCAGAUCCGGUGGGUACGAGGACAUCUCGGCCAUCUUCAUGUUUGGCGACUCCAUCGUCGAUCCUGGCAACAACAACCACCGGCUGACGGAGGCGAAGGCCAACUUCCCUCCGUACGGGCAGGACUUCCCCGGCCGGGUUGCCACCGGGAGGUUCUCCAAUGGUCUUGUCCCCGGAGACCUAUUAGCUUCUAAGUUGGGUGUUAAGGAACUACUGCCUCCUUACCUUGCUGACGACCUUCAACCAAAUGACCUACUCACCGGUGUGGCCUUUGCUUCUGGAGGCAGUGGAUAUGAUCCACUCACAUCUACGUUCUCGACUGCCAGGUCGAGUGCGGAGCAACUUGAAUUAUUCCAUGACUACAAGGAGAAGGUAGCAGCUAUUGUUGGAGAGGAGAAGAUGACACGUGUUAUCUCCAAAGCCAUCUUCUUUACAAUCAUGGGGGCCAAUGAUAUUGUAAAUAACUAUUUUGCAGUUCCUUUAAGACGCCAUGAAUAUGACCUUCCUUCUUAUAUUGACUUUCUUGUCUCUUCGGCUAUCAACUUCACAAUGACUCUGAACAAUAUGGGAGCUAAGAAAAUUGGAGUUGUUGGUGUUCCACCAUUAGGCUGCUGUCCUUCUCAAAUAAUACUUGGAGGAAGUCCAUCAAGGGAAUGCGAGCCACUAAGGAAUCAAGCAUCAGUAUUAUUUAAUUCAAAGAUCUCAAAGGAAAUAGAUCGACUAAAUGCAGAAUGGAAUGGUUAUGGGUCAAAGUUUGUUUAUAUUGAUAUAUACUACAAUUUACUUGACCUUAUUCAGAAUCCAGUUUUUUAUGGUUUCAAGGAGGUCAAAGAAGGUUGUUGUGGUAGCACAGUGUUAAGUGCUGCGGUAUUCAUUGCAUAUCACAAUGCAUGUCCAAAUGCACUCGAUUAUAUUUUCUGGGACGGCUUCCAUCCUACCGAGAAGGCCUACAACAUUGUAGUUGACAAGCUCAUCCAACAGAAUAGGAAGUACCUACUGUGA